CCUUUUUUCUCUCACUCUGCCCAGAUUUCAAUCGUCAAUCAAAGAAACUUUCUUUUUUUCUCUGUCCAAUGGCGAUUGCGACUGAGAGCCAGCGAGAAGAGAAGGCCUCAUCGAACGUUCCGGCUGGUGAUAAGCGUUGGAUUCUGAACGAUUUUGACAUUGGGAGGCCUCUUGGAAGAGGGAAGUUUGGCCAUGUGUAUUUGGCGAGGGAAAAGAAGAGUAACCAUAUAGUGGCAUUGAAAGUUCUCUUCAAGAGCCAGCUAAAACAGUCUCAAGUUGAGCACCAGUUGCGCCGUGAAGUAGAAAUACAGAGUCACCUUCGACACCCAAAUAUACUGCGACUAUACGGCUACUUCUAUGAUCAGACCCGGGUAUAUCUUAUUUUAGAAUAUGCAGCAAAAGGGGAACUUUACAAAGAAUUGCAGAAGUGCAAAUAUUUUAGUGAAAGACGAGCUGCCACUUAUAUUAUGUCACUAGCACGGGCUCUUAUCUACCUGCAUGGAAAGCAUGUUAUUCAUAGAGAUAUUAAACCAGAAAAUCUUCUGAUCGGAGUUCAGGGUGAGUUGAAAAUUGCAGAUUUUGGGUGGUCAGUGCACACAUUUAAUCGUAGACGAACAAUGUGUGGCACACUGGAUUACCUUCCACCUGAAAUGGUCGAGAGUGUUGAACAUGAUGCAACUGUGGAUAUUUGGAGCUUAGGUGUCCUGUGCUAUGAGUUCCUUUAUGGCAUGCCACCAUUUGAGGCAAAGGAACACUCUGAUACAUACAGAAGGAUAAUCAAAGUAGAUCUCAAGUUCCCCCCAAAACCAAUUGUGUCUGCUGCUGCAAAAGAUCUCAUUAGCCAGAUGCUAGUUAGAGAAACCUCACAGCGUCUUCCCCUCCACAAGGUGCUUGAGCAUCCAUGGAUAGUUCAAAAUGCUGAUCCCUCGGGCAUCUACAGAGGCUGAUCUCGAAUCUGAUGUUGUCAGCCGAUAAUUGUGACCUGUUUGUUGUUUAUUGCCUGUGUAUUUAGGGCUUAAGCCAACACUUACUAAGUUGAAGAUUCAUUCACUGAGCAAAGGAUAUAGUUGUGUAUCGGUAUCUCCAGCGUUGAUAUCGGAGUAAAAUGAAUUCUUUGUACUCCUAGAAAGACCAUUUCAUACAUGUCUGUUGUUAGAAAUAAAAGAGCAAAUGGGGAUGCAUGAGGCUCUUUUACUGUAAGUGUUUGUUGUUUCGGUA